AUGGCUUCGUCGCAGCAGAACGGUGUCAAUGGCACGGCCAAGAAGCCAUGGAUCAUGAACGCUUUUGCCAUGACGGCUCCAGGCCAUCUGGCACCAGGACUUUGGCGACAUCCUGAUCAGGGACCCCAGACACUUGAGCACUGGGUCGAGCUGGCGAAGAAGUUAGACGAGGCGAAAUUCCACGGCAUCUUUUUCGCAGACGUUCUCGGCAUAUACGAUGUGUACAAGGGCAAUGGACCGGCUCUCUCCUCUGGCGCUCAGAUUCCUAUCCUGGAUGUAUCGUUGAUCAUCUCGGCAAUGGCGCAUGCGACCAAGAAGCUGUCUUUCGGAAUCACAGCAUCGACGUCGUACGAGCAUCCCUAUACCCUCGCCAGGAGGUACUCCUCUCUUGAUCAGAUUACAAACGGUCGAGUCGGCUGGAACAUCGUGACGUCGUAUCUCGAGAGCGCGGCCAAGUCGUUUGGCUUGGAACAGACCAUCGAGCACGAUGAGCGGUAUAAGAUCGCGGAUGAGUUCAUGGAGGUCGUGUACAAGCUGCUUGAAGGUAGCUGGGAGGACGACGCGAUUGAAGCGAACAAGAAGACUGGCGUUUGGACGAACCCAGAGAAAGUACACCACAUCGACCAUGCUGGCAAAUACUUCAAGAGCAGGGGACCGAAUCUUGUUGGACCAACCCCACAGCGGACGCCAUUCUUGCUCCAGGCUGGUGCAUCCAAAGCCGGGAAAGAAUUCGCUACGAAGCACGCUGAGGCGAUGUUCUUGCCAGGCUUGAUUCCAGAAAAGACGAGAGCGAUUGUCGAAGAUAUGAGGGCUUCGCUGAAAGCUCAUGGUCGACCAGAGGACAGCGUCAAAUUCAUCGCAGGUAUCUUCAUCGUCGUCGACGAGACGGACGAGAAAGCGCAAGCCAAGUUCCAAGACCUUCUACAAUACGCCGAUCUCGAAGGCGGCGCAUCGCUGUUCGGAGGCUGGAGCGGUACAGAUCUCUCCACGUUCACGGAUGACGAAGACUUCAAGUUUACCGGCCCACCAGCAGUCCAGUCCAUGAUCAACAAUUGGACAGCGACCGUGCCGGGAUUGAAGGACCAGAAAUGGACUAAGAAGCACAUCUUGCAGCAACUGGCCAUAUCCGGAGCGCAUGAAAGAGCCGUGGGCAGUCCUGAAACUGUCGCCAAUACGCUCCAGAAAUGGAUCGAUGAGGCACAGAUUGAUGGCUUCAAUAUCUCGUAUGCGACCACGCCGGGCACCUUUGAUGAUCUGAUCAAGUAUCUGUGGCCGGAGUUGAAGAAGCGCGGUGUUCUGCAGCAGGACUACGCUGGGUCGACGAUGAGGGAGAAUUUCUUGCAGGAUGGGAAGGGCCCGAGGGCGAGAGAGGGCCAUACGGCACUGAAAUAUAGAAAGCUGCAGUCAUAG